UCUCUCUCUUUCUCUCUCCCGUGGUGCACUACUAUUUUAUUGUAUUGAGAGAGAGAGAGAGACCACCGCCCUUGACAACCACAGGGCAGAAAAGCAAGUCUCCAAGUUGCAGACUUACACGAAGCCUUCACAGUUCACAACAUCGAUUAAUCCGUCGCAGAGAACGAGGUCACGAAGGUUUUUUUUUCCAUAGUUUCGUUUUUUAAGAUUUUAAAGUAAAGGGUGCUAUGGACGGUGCAGAAGAUAAACACCCAAUCGAAGGAGACCGACCCUUAGCUCCUUUACACAGUAGUAACACAGGAGCAGCUGCAGCAGCGGCAGAGACUAACAGCAACAGAGGUAGCAGCAGCAGGAAGUGCAAAGGGAAAGGGGGUCCAGAUAACAAUAAAUUUAGAUACAGAGGUGUAAGGCAGCGAAGCUGGGGCAAAUGGGUGGCUGAGAUCCGGGAGCCUCGUAAACGAACGCGCAAGUGGUUAGGAACUUUCGCCACCGCCGAGGAUGCUGCUCGUGCCUAUGACCGUGCAGCCAUCGUCUUGUAUGGUUCCAGAGCUCAGCUCAACCUCCAACCUUCCCCUUCUUCCUCCACCCCUCAUGGUUCUUCUUCUUCUUCUUCUUCCUCGUCGCCUUCCACUACGCUACGCCCUUUGCUUCCUCGCCCCUCUGGCUUUACCUUCACUACCCUCUCUUCUUCCACGGCUUACACUCCUUACGGCGUUUAUCCAGACAUUUGUACGGUGGCUCCACCGUGCCCUCCUCCUCCUCAACUGGUGCAAGUGCAACAACACCACCACCAAGAUCAACAUCAGUACCGUCCAUGCGAUUUGGCAGUGGGUGCUGCUGGUGCUGGAUGUAGUGGACCCACCACCAUCACCACCCCCACCACCAGCACGGCUAUAGUAAACCCUAAUUAUCAGAAUUUUUUGUACGAGGAGAUCGACUCUCUUGCCGGCUCUGUUGACUCUGGUUUGUCUCUAUCUUGCCAACAAGGGUUUGGCCCCGAACAACUACCUGUCCUACCUCCUAUGCCGCCGGUGGCCUUCGGACCCACUUCACCGAUUCUGUGGCCGUAUACGAACGACGAUGAAUACCCUACAGAUUCUUCUUAUCCUUGGGAUGAUGGAGACUCUUUCUGGCACGAUCUCUAAUCUCUGAUUUCUUCUCAACUCUGGUUUCCCUUGGCGUUUAAGAACAUGAAAUUAAAGCAUUAAGGCUUGCAUGCAACACCUACCUCUGUCUCUCUCUACCAUAUAUAUUGAAUUGGAGUGCAACUCUGAACCCGAUACCAGGCCUCUGACAAGAUCUAUGGCUUGGAGUUUUGAAGAUGGAAGUGAUGGGUGAAGAAAGACUACUGCAACCCUCAUUAAAUGAAGAACUUGUUUGGCUUAAUUUGUGAUUCUCUAUAUAGAUUGAUUGAUCUCACUCCUGUUUGGCUUCGAUUCCUUGUUGCUUUUAUUUGUUACCAUAGAUCCCCAGGCAUUAUUUAUCUGUCAUCGCAUGUAAAUUUUGGGUCUUCUCCUGGCCAACCUGGAACAUCUGGUCUCAUUAGUCAUGGUAAGAAGGAAUUGAAAUGCUCCUCUCUUUCUCUCUGAAUCUUAAACUUUUACUUAUAAGUUUUAUUGAAAUGGAUUGUUCUAUUUUCAUUA